GCAGCAUCUUAAGACUUAACUUCGCGUUUAGUGACUCAGUGAUUCAGUGGCGCCUUUCGUCAGCAACGACACGGUGAUUUCUAGAAGCUUAUUUUUUUAUUUUUUAUAUAUGAAUAGCUUGCAUUAUGGCCUCCUUACUUUACAGUCUCGGAAAUGGUUGAGCUGUUGAGGCCUCUCACUUUUCACUUCUUAACCUUUUAAAUCGCAUCGAGUUUUCAUUUCCAUCUUCCCGCCUCUUCCGCAUACUUCCAACAGAUUUCAUCAUACAAAAACAAAAUGCGCGAGAUAGACCCUCUAAUUCUAUCGUAUUCCCAUUUGAGGGGUUUUACUUGUGAGAAGGUUGCCUUGCACACUCUGAAGAAAGUAGCUUCCUUGGUGAAGCCUCUCAUGAGAGCGAGGGGAUGGAAGGUUGGCCAACUGGUCGAGUUUUACCCAGCGGAACAUAACCUCCAGGGCAUAAAUGAGGGUGCUGGGCAAAGGAUUUGUCUUCGUCUUCGAUGUGCCGAAGAUCCCAACCGGUUUCUCCCUAUCGAACAAGUGGUUGAUACGAUGCUUCAUGAGCUUACGCAUAAUGUUCACGGCCCGCAUAAUGACGAAUUCCAUGCGCUAUGGAAGCAGCUGCGAGACGAGCUCGAGGCGCUCGUAAUGAAAGGCUAUACCGGCGAGGGGUUUUUGUCACCGGGUCAUGUUCUCGGCAAAGGGAAGAUACCUCCAGAAGAAGCUGGUAGACUGGCUCGAGUAGCUGCUGCAAAUAGCCGUACUAUCAACACUGGAUCGGGACAAAAGUUGGGCGGAGUUGGCCCUCGACCGGGCCAGGAUAUCAGAGGAGUGAUCGUCGAGGCGGUCCAACGUCGCAAUAACACGCUUCAAGAUGGUUGCGCGAACAACAACCAAACGCAGGGCCAGAUUCGGAGGAUCGCCGACACGGCUACCAGAAAUGGUUUCAGGACGCAGGCUGAAGAGGAUGCCGCAAACGAGGCGGCGAUAGCCCAAGCAUUGUGGGAGCUUGUAGACGAGGAAGAAAGGGCCCGGGAGGGCGACAGCUACAUUCCACCUAGUUCUAGCAGACAAACUUGGACAAAUGGCGGUGCUUCCGAGGCACCAAGACCUCCUCCUCGCGAAGCUAAUCGCAACAUGAACAGAGGAGCUGGGAGGGUUACCUGGAAGUGUGAGAUUUGCACGCUCGAGAACCCGAUUAGUUUCUUGUGUUGCGAUGCGUGUGGUACGGAACGGGACGAGAAGAUCACCCAGAGCCUCGCACAAGGAUCGUCAAAUCAACAACGAACGGUUAUUGACCUUACCGAGAACUCGCCGCCAAGAAAUCGGAAUACACAACCUUGGAAUCCAUUUUUACGUCCAAGUCAGACCACGAGACCGGUUCCGCCGCCGUCACAGUCCGCCGCGCCUCCUCCUCCUGAAAAAGCAGCGACUUGGACAUGUUCAUUCUGUGGGCGGGUUAGAGAGUGGCAGUGGUGGUCUUGCGAUCGGUGUGGAGCUAUCAAGGAAACAUCGUGAUAGAUUGGGACCUUUAUGGAGUUUUUGAUACCAUUUGGGCAUUCAGCCAUUUUGCUUUGAAAGACAUGUUUGUUUAGGUAGUUAGGUUGCUUUACUAUGGUUGCAGGCCAAAGUAAAACGACACUAUCAGGUACCGCUAAAAUAGGUUAAACAGCCCGCUUAUACCAGAUUAAUACUAAUUCUAUAAUUCUACGGAUUACCUAAAGCCUAUAUUACAACCCUUACAUAGAAAUAUACUAAACC